AUGUCAUCCCCGGCCCCGAAUUCUCAAUAAAGAAGAUUCCCUCUGAGCACAAUUGCCCUACUACAAAGCUUGUAGACAGCAGAAUGGCAACACAAGGUUGGGUUGCAGAGAAGCUUGUUGAUUGGGUGAAGAAAAACCCAGGAGAGGGAGCAAAGGCAGCGAAAACUAAGUUGGAGGGUGACUUCAACUUCAAGCUGAAGUAUUCCAAAGCUUGGGCAGCUGCUAGGGGAUUCACAGAGCACAAGUUCAGAUGGCAUAUGCAAAAGAUAUUUGAGGCUGAUCCAAGUGCUAUCGAGUACCUUGAGAAACACCACAAUAGGAUUUGGUAUAGGUGUGCCUUUGGUGUGGAUAGCAAGGUUGAUUAUCUCACUAACAACAUUUCUGAAAGUUUUAACAAGCAGAUCAAAGACUUGAAAGGGCUAAAUUUGUGUGAGCUACUAGAUAGGAUUAGAGAGCUAAUAAUGGUGAAGUUCAAUGUGAGGAGGCAUGUUGGUAGGUAUUUGGCCGGCAUAAUCUUGCCCGAGGUUCUCAAGAGGCUCAAUGCACUCAGUAAAACAAUUGGGCCCCAUAAAGUGGCGUGGAAUACCGAACAUGAGGCAGAGAUUACACUAUAUGAUGUGAAAGCAUAUGACCAGAGGCACACUGUUGAUCUAAAACAGAGAACAUGCUCAUGUCGGAAAUUUCAAGUUUCUGGGCAGCCUUGCAUUCAUGCAUUGACUUUCAUUUGUUCAAUGAGGGGCGCAAAGAUUGAGUCCUUUGUUGAUGAGUAUUACAGCGUGGCAAAAUUUCGAGCUGCUUAUGCUGGGGCACUGCCAACCAUGACUGAUAGGACACAAUGGGAGCAAGUUGACCUUGGAUUCCUUGUUUACCCACCUAUACAAGAGAAAAGGCCACCUGGAAGGCCCAGGGUUCAAAGAAUUAGAGGAUUUCUUGAAGACCCAGGAAGAAAAGUGGUUAAAUGCAAAAAAUGUGGUCGAAAUGGCCACUUUGCAAAAACUUGCAAUCUCCCUCCUUUAGUUAUUGCAGAACCACCACCAAUGGAGCACACUCCUACUAAAAGAAAGAGAGAUGCUACUGCAGCCGAGGAGGAAGUUGUGGAAGAUGACGAACCUAUAGCAAAUUAUAAAAGGUAUAAUACUAACUUAUGUUCAUUCUUUUACCACAAAUUAUAUUUAUGAACACACAAUACUUAGUUCCGACAUUU